AUGGUAAAGAAAGUUUUAUUAAUAAAUGGACCUAAUUUGAAUUUAUUAGGUACCAGAGAACCUGAAAAAUAUGGUACUACAUCACUUUCAGAUAUUGAAAAUGCUGCUAUAAAGCAAGCUACAAGUAAGAAUAAUGGAUCAGAAGUUUCAGUUUUCCAGAAUAACACCGAAGGAUUCAUCAUAGAUCGUAUUCAACAAGCUAGAUUAGAAGGAAUUGGAUUUAUUGUUAUUAAUGCAGGUGCUUAUACUCAUACAUCUGUUGGUAUUAGAGAUGCUUUGUUGGCUACAGCUAUACCAUUUAUUGAAGUACAUAUUACCAAUAUUCAUCAAAGAGAACCUUUCAGACAUCACAGUUAUUUAAGUGAUAAAGCCAUUGCUGUAGUAGCUGGUUUGGGAGUUUAUGGUUAUACUGCAUCCAUCGAAUAUGCAUUAAAUUAUUAA